GGGGUCUUUGCUCCGAUGUGUCCUCUUAGGGCCGCUCCGGGCCCGAGCCGAGCCGGGACUGGCGCUCGGAGGCUUCGUGCCUGACCCGAAGGGUCCCGGGACGGCGGGCGGAACCCGCUCGAGGGCGGUACCGCCCCAUCCGCCCUCUCGUCCUUCCUGACGCCCGGUUGGGCUGGAGCCGGGGUUAGUCCCGGUUUAGCCCCGCUCCCGCCUGUCCCCUGCAGCGGCUCCGGCUCCAUCCCCGUCCCGCGGCCCCGCAGCCGGGGGAGCCGGGUCAGCGGGGGCUGCCGGGGCCGGGACCAGUGCGCCCGUCUGUUCGCCACGGCAGGGCCCGCGCAGGGGGACCCGCUCGGCCUCGCAGGAUGUCCCAGCCGCCCUCCAUCACCCUCCACGUCCCCGAGGGCACCGAGAGCGAUGGCCAGGAGCCCAGUCCGGACAACGAGAGAGCCCUGCACACCUCAUUCCACCAGCUCAUCCUGGAGCAGAGCAGCUUGAUCGAGGCAGGGCUGGAGCUGGAGUUGCAGGAGAGGGGCAGAGAUGCCUCUGCCGUGACCUGGCCAGAGCCUGGGCGAGGUGAGGAGCACCCCAGCUACUCCUCUGCCUCCCUGCAGAUUUUGGCCAGCAUGCCCAGCCGCACCAUCGGCCGCAACCUUGGGGCCAUCAUCUCCCAGUACUGCAACCGCACGGCCCGGCUGCGGCGCCGGAGCAGCCGCCCACCCCUGCAGCAGCUCUGCCGUGCAGCACGGCCCAGCCUGCGCCAGUACGACCUGGAGACUGACCCCACCAGGGCCACGCUGGAAGAGAAGCGGCGUCUGCUGGUGAAGGAGCUGCUGAGCCUCUCACCCAGCCAGUGCAGCCACAUGCUGCUCACCAUGCCCCUCAGCCUGGCGGAGAAACGCAUCCUCCGGCGGCAGCUGAGCGGGCAGAGGGGCCCCCUGAGGCAGCGCACCCAUCACUGGGCCCCCUCCUCACCCUGUGGUUGGUCCAGGGUCUGCAUCGUCCUCGGCUGCCGAGGUCUCUGGUACCGGCUCCUCUCCCUGCUCCGCACUGCGCAGCCCUGGCACUAUGCCCUGAAGCAGAUUGGUGGCCGCUUUGGCUCCAGUGUCCUCUGCUACUUCCUCUUCCUCAAGACCCUCCUUAUGUUGAACUUCUUUUCAUUCUUCAUCCUCCUGGCCUUUGUGGUGGUCAUGCAGGCCGUGUACCCCCCUGCAUCGGUCAGCCCCCAGCCCUUCACUGGCCUCGAGCUCCUCACGGGAGCGGGCUACUUCACGCACUCACUGCUCUACUACGGCUACUACAGCAACGUCACCCUGAAUGAGCCCUGCACCUCCAGUCCCAAGGGCAGCGUCUGCCCCCUCGCAGUCCCCCUGCUCCCAUACAACUUGCCACUGGCCUACCUGUUCAGUGUUGGGGUCUCCUUCCUUGUCACCUGCAUCCUGCUGGUGUACAGUGUGUCCCGCUCUUUUCGGGAGAGCGUGGGAAGCUCCACAGGGGACUUGGCCAUCAAAGUCUUCUGUGCCUGGGACUUCAAGGUGAUCCAGAGGCGCUCGGUGAAGCUGCAGUGUGAGAACAUCUGCACCCAGUUGAAGGAGCUGCUGGUGGAGCAGCGCUCCCGUUCCCACACGCAGAGCCGCUGCCAGUGCCUGGGCCACUGCAUCGUAGUGCUGCUGGCCUGGGUCCUGGCCCUGGCCUCCGUGUCAGGCUGCGUGCUGGCCGUGCACUACUUCUCAGAGCACAUGCACAUGGUUCAGCAGGAGCAACAAGCACAGGGCAGUGGCAGAUGGCAGCAAGAAGCCAUUCUGCUGGUCAUGCCCCUUGUGGUGUCCCUCCUCAAUGCCUUGAUGCCCCACCUGUACAACUUGCUGGCCAUGUGGGAGAAGCAGGACUCCCCGGUGACACAGGUCUACGUGGCAGUCAUCAGGAACCUCACUCUGAAGACAAUGGUUCUCAUCCUGCUGUGCUACCAGUGGCUCAGCCGGGGCGUUACCUGCUCGACAGAGGAGUGCUGGGAGACCUGUGUGGGGCAGGACCUGUAUCGCUUCAUGGUGAUGGAUUUCAUAUUCACCUUGCUGGACACACUCUUCGGGGAGCUGAUCUGGAGGCUAAUUCUGGAGAAGAGGCUGAAGACAAAGCAGAGGCCGGAGUUUGAUAUCGCCCGAAAUGUGCUGGAGCUGAUCUAUGGGCAGACUCUGACCUGGCUGGGCAUUCUCUUCGCUCCGCUCCUGCCAGCUGUGCAGAUGCUGAAGCUCCUGCUGUUGUUCUAUAUCAAAAAGACCAGCCUGAUGCGGAACUGCCAGUCCCCCAGCAAGCCCUGGCAAGCAUCGCGUAUGAGCACCAUGUUCAUCACUCUGCUGUGCUUCCCCUCCUUCCUGGGUGCAGCUGCCUUCCUCUCCUACACCAUCUGGUCGGUGCAGCCAUCAGAAACCUGCGGUCCCUUCCGGGGGCUGGAAACCAUCUACAAGUCAGGGAAGAGCUGGGUGCUGGUGCUGGAGAAGUCCAACCCCAAUAUCACCUGGUUUACCUGGUUCUACCAGCAUCUGUUGGAGAACACCAGCCUCCUGUUCUUCAUGUCUGUGGCCCUGAUAGCUGUGAUCUACUUCAACAUCCAGGUGGUAAGAGGCCGCCAGAGGGUCAUCUGCCUGCUCCAGGACCAGAUUGCCAACGAAGGGGAAGAUAAGGUAUUUCUCAUUCAGAAGCUCCACUCCGUUUAUGAGCAGAGACACAGACGUUUCUGAGUCCCAGGUGAGGCCAGCAUGAAGGGCAGUGGGAAGGGACUGCCAGGGCACCCAGAGCUCAGCUGUGCUGAGCACGGAUGCUCCUCUGCCUGUCCCAAGGGAUGCACAAUCCUCAGUGUUACUGAGGCCCAGGGACAGGGAGGAGGAUGGAGGCAAGUCUGGAACAAGGGCCCAGAGAGAGAUGACACCUAGGAGUCCCCUCUCCCAUUUGGGAUCUUAGGCACUCUGUCCUCCUAGUGUGAAACUCCGCAGGAAAGAAUGGGAUGGAACCGACUCUGCUUGCAGCUGGGACUGAAUCUGUCAGCACUGGAAGCUGGGGGACCAUGGAGUGCUGGGGAAGAUCCUCCCCUCCUGCCAAGGCCAAGGACCCAUUGGGCCAUGUCACUGGGAAUGCUGCAUCACAGGGGUGCAGGUGCUUCUGAUGCCUGGAGCUGCUGGGAUGCAGUAGGCACGGAAGCAGGGCUGCUGUCACACCCCAGGACACAGCUCCAGGCAGGACUGCCUGCCCAGCACACCCCUGCUCCGUGGGGGCUCACUACUUCAGCUCUCCCUCCUGCCCGUGUGCCUGGGCUGUUUUCUGAAUCCUUUGGGGACCAUGGAGCUUUCUCCACAACCACCUUCACACUGCCUAGGGACAGCAAGCAUGGAGCCAGGAGCUGCCAGGCACGGACCCAGCUCCAGCCCAGUGCCUGGCUCAGCAGGAGAGCAGCUGGCUGAUUCCAGUCCCACAAACAAGGUCACUGGGCCACCCCCAGCAGCCCUGCACUCACUGUGCUGGAUGGUGGGACAGACUUGGAAGAAUCACCAUGAUGCCUAAUGCUGGGCUGGGCAGGGACCCUGUGGGCUCAAGCUGACCUAGCCCAUUAAAGUGCUGCUGUGCAGGAGUGCUCUGGCUGGUGUCAGGACCUGUUGGGCUGGAAGCAGGCAGGUAGGGUUGGUUUGUCAGUGCUACUGGUGGUGGUGACUCAGCAGCAGUGUCAGGGUGUGCUCGGGCUCCUUGGCACCAGCUGCUUUCCCAUGGGGCUGCCUGGGGCAGAGCCCAGUUCUCCCCUGCUGGAGCAAAGGCCGCUGUCACCACACUGGCCACUCACCAUCAGGGUGCAAUGGCUGCAGCCCCCAGCACCGAGAACCACUCACUCCCCUCCAUGUCAUGCUGUUGGCAGCUGCAGGCCCUGGGAUGGCAGCUGCCACAGCACUGACAGGGCAGGGUGUGCUGUGGCAUGUGCCAGGCACGGGCAGCACCAGUGCCCUGUGACUUGGCACCAGGGCUGCCGGCUGCAGCAGCUGCCUGCCCAGCUGGGCUGGGCCAUCAGUGUGAGCACAGGGCGAGUUACCAGCAUGGACAGACACUGCUUAGUGGUGUGGGCACAGGGCAGGUUCUCUCUGCAGCCCCACCUCUUCCUGUGGUGAAUUAACAAAAGCAUUGCUAGCAGGUCAAGGGAGGUGGUCCUGCUCCUCCACUCAGCCCUUGUGAGGCUACAGCUGGAGUGCUGUGUCCAGUUCUGGGCUCCUCAGGACAAGAGGGACAUGGUACUCCUGGAGCAGGUCCAGCAGAGGCUACAGUGACGGUGACAGGACUGCAGCAUCUCUCUAAUGAGAACAGGCUCCAGGAGCUGGGCCUGUUCAGCCUUGAGGAGAAACAACUGACAGGGGACCUCACCAUCUGUCAGCAGGGAGGUGUCAGUGGAUGGACCAGGCUCUACUCCAUGGCACCCAGCAAUAGGACAAGAAGCAACAGGAAGAAACUGAUGUAGAGGACAUUCCACCUGAAUAUAAUUUUGAUGGGUCCCCUCCAAUAUUCUGUGAUAUUCAACUAAAAAGAACUUCCUUGUGCCAAUGGCGGCACACUGGAACAGACUGCCCAAAGAGGGUGUGGUGUUUUCCUCACUGGAGAUAGUCCAGAACUGUCUGGAUGCAAGCCUGUGCCAUGUCCUCUGGGAUGACCCACUCUGGGAUUGCCUGAGCCUAGGUGACUGCUGGAGAGCAGCUGCAGGCUGUGCCCUAGCUCCUGACACCCACCCAGGUCACCCAGUCCUCCCACACCCUCCCCAAGGUCACCCCACUGUGCCUGGGCUCACACAGACAGAGCUGCUGGCAGGAGCCCCACAUGCACUCAGUCUUAAACCCAGGGGACCUGAUCCACCCCAUGCUUCGCACCCCAGCU